UUGUAGAUGCUGUCAAUAAAAAAGAUUGUCGGGGAAGUAUUCUUCGCUACUUUCAAUAAGACAAGCAUUCAUAAGGUGUGUUCAAGCUUGAUUGGAAAGUUGGACUCUCCAGAAUCAUUUCUUGAAGCAUUAUCAAAGCAAAUGACCACUGAUAAUAUAAAUAUGGUAUUUUCCACCACCAACCAUCAAAGUGAUUCACCAAUGUGGUUUGAGUUGAGGUACGGCAGAAUUACUGGCUCAACUCUUUAUGAAGCCGCUCACUGUAGAACUAUAAAUGGUUCCCUUCUGAACGCAAUUAUGGGAGAACAUUCAAAUUUUACUUCCAUUGCGAUGAGUAGAGGGAAAAUAUUAGAAAAAAAAGUUCUCAAAGUAGUAAGCAAGAAAGAAAAGGUAAGUUCGGUGGUUUUUGUUUGUUUGAAUAUUAUGAAUAAAAGAAAUUUGUAAUGUUUGGUUCAAGGCUUUUGUAGUACAUAAUUCAUAUUUUUGUUUCUGCAAUUCAGAUUGAAAUUGAAGAAGCUGGACUACUUCUUAAUGCCGAGUAUCCUAUUUUUGGAGCAACAC